GGACCUGCUUCAUAUGUAAAUAUUUACGGCUCUUUCCAAGAGGUGUCUUACAUCAGCCCAGUGAGCCCUGGUGAAGGCGACUGAGAGUGAGCGAGCGUGAGAGAGAAGGGCUCGGAGUGUAACGUCCAGCCGCCUUGACUCUCGCUGGAAUAAUCUGAAACCAUCUCUGAACAAAUGGUCUGAAAGGAGAAGACGUCUUAGAAAUUGGAAGCCUGUCUCUGUGUUUGGGGAUGAAGCACCUGCGGGACGUUCACUUCCUCCUGCUCAUCCUCCUCUACCUGUUAGGAGCCGUCACAUCCCAGGUCAACCCAGGUGUGUGUCGGUAUCCUCUGGGCAUGUCAGGAGGGCAGAUACAGGACGAGGACAUCUCUGCCUCCAGCCAGUGGUCCGAAUCCACCGCUGCUAGAUAUGGCAGGUUGGACUUUGAGGAGGGCGAUGGCGCUUGGUGUCCAGAGAUAACAGUAGAGCCAGACAGCCUGAAGGAGUUCCUUCAGAUUGACCUGCGCUCACUCCACUUUAUCACCCUUGUGGGCACCCAGGGUCGCCACGCGGGAGGCAUCGGUAAUGAGUUUGCCCAGAUGUACAAGAUUAAAUACAGCCGCGAUGGAAGUCGUUGGAUCUCGUGGAGAAACAGGCAGGGCAAGCAGGUGAUUGAAGGAAACAGGAACGCCUAUGACAUUGUGCUCAAGGACCUCGAGCCACCUAUCAUUGCUCGCUUCGUCCGCUUCAUGCCCGUCACAGACCACUCCAUGAACGUCUGCAUGAGAGUGGAGCUCUACGGCUGUGAAUGGCUGGAUGGUCUGGUGUCGUACAACGCUCCAGCAGGAGAACAGAUGAGCUUACCUUCUUACCCUGCUUAUCUCAACGACUCUGUCUACGAUGGAGCUGUCAUCCACAGUAUGACAGAGGGUUUGGGCCAGCUGACAGAUGGAGUGUGCGGCCUGGAUGAUUUCACACACAGUCAUGUCUACAAUGUGUGGCCCGGGUACGACUACGUGGGUUGGACAAAUGAGAGCUUCCCCAGUGGAUACGUAGAAAUCAUGUUUGAAUUUGACCGCAUUCGCAACUUCACCACCAUGAAGGUCCACUGCAACAACAUGUACUCACGGCACGUCAAGGCCUUUCGCCAGGUGGUGUGUUACUUCCGCUCUGAAGCGGACUGGGAGGCCAUACCGCUCUCCUUCAUCCCCGUGGAGGACGAGAAGAAUCCCAGCGCCCGCUUCGUCACUGUCAACCUGGCCAAUCACAUGGCCAGUGCCAUCAAGUGCCAGUUCUACUUUGCUGAUGCCUGGAUGUUGUUCAGCGAGAUCACCUUCCAGUCAGAUACAGCCAUGUACAACACAACACUGGCUCCACCCAAGACAGGACUGCCACCAAACACACAACCAGAGGAUGACCCCACCCACAAAGUUGAUGACAGCAACACCCGAAUUCUGAUCGGCUGUUUAGUGGCCAUCAUCUUCAUCCUCGUGGUCAUCAUUGUCAUCAUCCUGUGGAGGCAGGUGUGGCAGAAGAUGCUGGAGAAGGCCUCUCGCCGGAUGCUGGACGAUGAACUAACUGCUAGUUUGUCAAUACAGAGUGAGACGUUCGCCUACAACCACAACCAGUCGAGCACAAUCAGCGAGCAGGAGUCUAACUCCACCUAUGAGCGUAUCUUCCCUCUCGGCCCAGACUACCAGGAGCCGUCACGCAUCAUAUGCAAGCUGCCGGAGUUUGCUCAGACUUCAGAGGAGUCUGCCUCUUCCAGCACAGCAGCGUCCAAAUCCACCACAUCUACCGCAGUGCAAGAUGGCGCCCCUCACUACGCAGAGGCCGACAUUGUUAACCUGCAAGGCGUGACCGGAGGCAACACGUACGCCAUCCCUGCACUAACCAUGGACCUGCUGUCAGGGAAGGAUGUUGCAGUGGAGGAAUUUCCUCGAAAGCUGCUCACAUUUAAAGAGAAGCUGGGAGAGGGACAGUUUGGAGAGGUGCACCUGUGUGAGGCAGAGGGAAUGCAGGAGUUCAUGAAUAAAGAGUUUUUAUUCGACAUCCCCGAGGACGUGCCAGUUUUAGUGGCCGUGAAGAUGCUCCGUUCAGAUGCCAACAAAAAUGCAAGAAAUGACUUCCUGAAAGAGAUAAAGAUCAUGUCACGUUUGAAGGAUCCCAACAUCAUUCGCCUGCUCGCUGUGUGCAUCUACAGCGACCCGCUCUGUAUGAUCACAGAGUACAUGGAGAACGGAGAUCUCAACCAGUUUCUGUCCCGCCACGAACCCGAGGGACAACUCGCUCUGCUCAGCAACGCACCUACUGUCAGCUUCAAUAAUCUGUGUUAUAUGGCGGCUCAGAUAGCGUCGGGGAUGAAGUACCUCUCCUCUCUAAACUUUGUUCAUCGAGACUUGGCCACGCGGAACUGCCUGGUGGGAAAAAACUACACGAUAAAGAUAGCAGACUUUGGCAUGAGCAGAAACCUGUACAGCGGUGACUACUACCGCAUCCAAGGCAGAGCGGUACUGCCGAUCCGCUGGAUGUCAUGGGAGAGCAUCCUGCUGGGUAAGUUCACCACAGCAAGCGAUGUGUGGGCGUUCGGGGUGACCCUGUGGGAGAUUUUAAACUUCUGCAAGGAACAACCCUACUCUCAGCUCACCGACGAGCAGGUGAUAGAAAACACAGGGGAGUUUUUCAGGGACCAGAAAAGACAGAUCUACCUGCCUCAGCCUGUGCUGUGUCCAGACUCGCUCUACAAGAUCAUGCUAAGCUGCUGGAGGAGGAACACGAAGGAGCGGCCCUCCUUCCUGGAAAUACACCGAGGCCUCCUGGAAAUACAGCUUUAAGCCGGGCGGAUGUUCGGGACAGUGGUUCCCACACUGCUCAUCUCUGGAGGAAACGGUGCAAAGACAGAGGAGACCAUGAUUCAGACACAAUCCAGGUUUAAGCUAUCUUGUUUCAAACAGGGUGAGAGCCACCUGUGGGCUCCAAGCUACAAUUUGGGAAACACUGUUUCAUGGACUUAAACUCUACAAAGAGACUACCGGAGACUUUUGUUGUGUGUCAGUUUAAUUGGCACAAUCAUGUUGACUAUGAUGUUUUAUAGACAUACAGGUAUUGUUAGAAAAAUAUAUUAUGUUUUGUAAUACACCAACCCCUAAACACACAGAAACGUGACUAAGGUUUGGGUGACUAAGCCAAAAAUUAAAUGUAGCAAGUGACAAUCGGCACUUUUAAAAAUAUAUUUUAAUUUCUUUUUUUUUUAAUAUGAGUUUAAAUUUCCCAUGUGUUCAAAUUUCUUGUGUUUUCUUUUGGAAGACUGCUUGAAUGUAGAGGGGGAAAGUGCAGCCAGCCAUCACUGUUACUUUAUAUUUCAAGUAUUUCAACAGUAUUUUCAAACUCCACUCAUUUAAAAAUAACCAGGAAACAUCAAAUGACUCGGUCUUUUUUCAUCUCCCUGCAGUUCUCCUUCUGUGAUUUGAACAUGACGUGUAUAUGACUGUGUAUUUUCAAUAGAUAAGUCUAAAUCUCAAAUAGCAAUAUUUUGUAUUAAUAUUUAUAUGUUCAUAUGUGUUUGUUUUGUUGAUAUCUUUGUGGAUUAAUAUUCUUUUUAAGUUGUUUGUAUCAUAUUUAAUGUGAUUCAGUAACUUUCCCACUCGUGUUUUCAGAUCUAAACACCAAACAGAACGGCUUCAGAGGAUUUUUAUUUCUUUGUUUCCCCACUGCAAACUGUUAAUGUCUUGAAUUGAUCACAAACUGAAAUUACUUUUUGAAAAUUGAUCGAAUGUUGCAAAAUGCUUAUCAAUAAUGCAGGCUGUGUUUUGCUAUGUUGGUUCAACAGUAUGUGUUUACAGUCGGCAUUAUAUGGAAGAUGUUGCUGAAUGUGUUGUAGGGUUAAUGCAUAAGAUGCUCAUGUUUUGCCUCAGUUGACAAAGAAAGUGUGUUGCCUUUUGAAUGAGAAAUGUGGAGGAAAUUGAAUUAUUCAGCCUUAAUUAUGUUUUUGACUAGAACAGUAUGACUGCUUCAGAUUAGUUUACAUUAGGGACUUUUUUUCCAUGUCUUUUUUCUUAUCUUUACACAGAGCUACACACACACACACACACACACACACACACACACACACACACACUCACACUCACACACAGCCAGCAUUAGCAAAAUGUGCAUAUAGUGAUAUAUCUCCCAAAUAAUCCUUAACAUACACAAAUUUGGCAGCAGCUGCCAGAAUAUCAGUAACUUAGCUCAGUGGUCAUUAUUAGCUUUUUAAAAUUUACACUUUAACUAUUGAAAGAUAAAAGUUGAAAACAAAAUCUUUGAGUUUUUUUGAAUUGGUUUAACACUAUUGUCAUGCAUACAGUACACAGAUUUUUUUUUUUUUUUUUACAGCAUCACUUUAUUUUAAAUGUUUGUUGGUUUUUGGGGGGGUUUUUUGGGACGAAAACGUAUGUGUGGCGGUAGCUGCAGCUCCGUGAACGCAGUACAGGCAGUCCACAGGGUGAAUAAUUGAUCUGCUGAUCUGAUCAGAGAGAGAGAGAGUUAGAGGAGCAGCUGUUGCAUAAGCAAGUAAAUGCAAACUUUUAGACCCAGCGCAAUUAAUGGUUAACUGUUAACUGCAUCUUUGCCUGGUGCCCUGCUGUUCUGUCUGUGCCCAGAGUACGCUUUGCGUGUGGUGCAAUGAAUAACCGAAAAAGGACAUAUGUAUAUUCCAAUAGCGCUCUUAUCGAAUGUUGCAGCACCAAAAAUAUAAAAAAUAAUAUGUGGUGGCAUAUGUUUUAAUCGUGGUGGGCUGCGACAAAUAAAUAAAUGUUUGAGGAAACCUUGUCCUAUUUUAGACUUGAAUUCGGUAACAUAUACUGACGGAAGUAACUGUUGCAUAUGAUUUGUAGGAGGACCAUCAGAAAAUUUCAAAAUCCAAUAAUAAUUUCUGUUUUUACAGGUACUGGCUGUAAUAAAUAGUAUAAUUUUGGGCGAUAUAAAAAAUAAAAAUAAAAAAUAAAUAAAUAAAACAUGCCCUCCAAACCUAGCAGCAGGUUUUGGGCUUCAAAUGGCAUUUUAAAUAAAUCCAAAAUACAACUAUUUAAAGUUGUCCCCCAUUACAAAAGAAAUUUAAAAAACAUAAAUCUCCUCCAAGUGCUUAAAAAUCAUUUUUGCACCAUUCCCUCCCCUGUCAUAGAUAACAGACAUUCCCUCAGCUCAUGAAAAUUAACACAUCUAAUGACUCAUCUACAGGCUUUAGCAUUCAGGUGUUAGUUUGGUCUUUUUUCAUGUAUGCUGGAGUCUUUCCUCUUCUUUUCAAGCAUAUUUCUGUAUAUAUAAUUCUAAUUGCCUGACCUUCAUACUGCAUACCACUGUUUUCAGCCGUUUCAGCUGUAUUUGCAGGCUUGACCCUCUUAUCUGAGGUUUUUGUCCCACUUACCUCGUUCAUAAAAGACUUUCAUCUCUUAUCUCUCUGUGUUUUGCAAUCUAGGCCAAAAAAUAAAAAUGUACAAGUUAGUUAAAAUUGAUAUUAAUUUUGGAGACACGUUUGUGAAGCAUGUGUUGAUUCCCAAUGGAUAGAGAAAACUUUUUUUAAUGUUCCUCUCUGUGUUACAAAUGAAUUGGGGGCUGAUGUAUAGCUGUAAAAAAAAAUGUAAUGGCACCCUGAUAUGAUUGGUUUUAUUACAUAUUUGUACUCAACUGUUUGUU